GUACCAUUUAUGAACUCUUUUCGUCAACCUCUUUGAAGAUACAUACUGUAUUUAAUCGCACAGGGAAUUUGACAAGGCGUAACUUGAAGGAGAACUUGGAGAAGGUCGGACAUACGGGAUAACCCAACCGAAUAAUGCAUUUUCUAUACCUAUCCUUCUCUCUUCUAAUCAUCCUUGUUCACGCCUACCAACCCCACAACCGUCUUGGAGAACGUUCCUUUCCAUACCAAUACUCCACCGCAGAAAUUAAAGCACUCAUCUCCUCCUUGGACCCAAUAUCCUCUACCCAAAAGCACCUGGAACGAAUACUAAUUCCAAGAGUAUCUGAUACUACCAACAAUGUUCUCGUGCGAGAGUAUAUCAUCAAGAUAUUGCAGGAUGGAUUUAAUGGUGGUAAAGGAUGGCAUGUCGAAGAGGACGAGUUUGAGGGAGAUACACCGUUCGGGAAGAAGAAGUUUGUGAAUAUCGUGGCAACGAAGGAUCCUAGGGCAUCGAGGCGACUGAUACUCGCUGCACACUUUGACUCCAAAUACUUUGCACCGCCAAAUGACCAGUUCGUUGGGGCGAUAGAUAGCGCGUUCCCAUGUGCAGUGCUGUUGGAUUUAGCUGAGAGCCUGGAUGGAAUGUUGGAAAGUCGGAUAUCUCAAUUAGAACAUGACGACCUUCCUGUGGAUGAAGAUGAAGACCUUGCAGAUACUACCCUACAGCUCGUAUUCUUCGAUGGAGAAGAAGCUUUUGUUAGCUGGACAGAUACAGACUCAAUAUAUGGUGCACGACACCUUGCAGAGACAUGGGAAUCCGCCUAUGUCUCCUACAGCUCACCUUCGGUCGUGACCUCCAUGUCUUCUCGUUCUUCGAAUUCAUCCUCAACUACGAAUGACGACGCUAUGCUAGGUUUUAUUGGCCCUCGUCGUCUAAUGCCACCUACUUCACUAUCACUCCUUUCCACUAUCGAACAUCUAAUCUUGCUCGAUCUAUUGGGUUCAAAACCUCCGAGUGAGGGUAGGCCGAUGAUCAAGAAUUACUUCAAGGACACCGCAUGGCUAUACUCCGCCCUCUCUUCAACCGAAGCCCGCAUAGCCGCCCUCGACGCCUUCGUCGAUCCAUCAUUGCCUGAAUCUUCCGAUGAAUCGGCACACAUGUCCAAAGACUCAUUUGUCUCGUAUUUCCACCCUCUGCCUGCGAAAGCGUCCCAGAUGGUGAAUAUAGGGUACAUGGGCGACGACCAUGUACCAUUCUUGAGGAGAGGCAUCCCAGUGUUGCAUUUGAUUCCUGAACCGUUUCCGAGAGUAUGGCAUACCCUAGCAGAUGACGCCACCGCACUGGACAAAGCAUCAAUGCGGAGAUGGGUCGUAUUGAUGAGGAUCUUCGUUGGCGAGUAUCUUGGAUUACGACCGCCUCUUUCGACAUCGAGAGAAGAGAGGUCACGAGAGGAAGUUACUGGGGAAGAAGACGAGGCGACGCUGGGAUCGAGGGACGAGUUGUAGAUGAUAAAUUAUGAGUCUACAUAGUAGACACAGAGAGUCGACAUACGCAAGGGAAUCAAUAGAGAUGUAAUCGAAUUCGCGGCAUGUUUGAAUGCAGGUUUCCCAAAUGCGAAGCAUACAUAAAGAAUUCAUCUGAAGCUAGUAUGGAUGUUCCUUUGCAUGUUAAGAUAGCUACAAGUCUCUUACAAGGCGGGCAGCUCUGUAGCUCUUGCUGCUUGACGUAGUGUAAAAUAACUUCCUGAGAAUUAUUCCUCGCAUGGGACGAACGUUGGUCUCGAACCAUUGUUAGGCCAAUAUCGCUACUAAUAUCACUGCAUGCAAAUUCUGAUAAGUUCAC